CUGUCGGUUGCGUGUGUACAGGGCAUUCGCUGUACACCAUGAAAAAGGUACGCGAAUCAAGUACUUUCUUACCUGACCCAUAUGUCAAACGCCAUUGGAGGAACAAGCUUUCGGUGACGUCGUCGCCACUCGAGGCAUUGAGUGUGGACGGGAGUCUUGCGGCUCUGCAUUGCUUCUUCGCAUUUCCGUCUUCACAACCAUCCGACAUUCGCGAUUUAUUACUUGGAACAAAUAAAAACAACGACAACAAUGCCUCCAGCUGCGACUGAAACGAAUGGCCAAUCCAAAGAUGAGAAAAACAUGCCCUAUCAGGGAGCGCAGCCCUAUGGUAUGCCCGAUGAUCUGGUGAUUCCCAAUGUCAUGGACCUUGACGGAACGGACGAACGACUCUGGGUCCCUCAAGCGCCCGAUGUGUGGUUUAGACCACUGCUAUUCGGCACCUCGCAGGGUUACUUCGUGAACAUUCUCAAGGUCAAAAAGUCGGGCGUCUUGAGCCGCCACAAGCACACCGGCACCGUGCAUGCCUUCACGCUCCGUGGGAAAUGGCAUUACCUCGAGCACGACUGGUGGGCGACGGCUGGAGGCUACUCGAUGGAGCCCCCGGGCGAGACUCACACUCUCGUCGUGCCGGAAGGCGUCGACCAGACGGUAAUAGUCUUCGUCGUGUCCGGGGCAUAUGUGUAUGUCGAUCCGCAUGGCAAGGCGGAGAGAAUUGAGGAUGUCUUCACCAAAUUGCAAAUGGCCCGGGAUCAUUACGAGAAGGUCGGCCUGGGUGCGGAUUACGUUAAUCAGUUCAUUCGAUAGAUACACAUACCUGGAAAGCGAGUCAAGUCGAGUGAGUCGGCCUCGGCGUGGAUUACGGUGAUCAGUUCAUUCGAUAGAUACCUUACACAUACCUGGAAAGCGAGUCCAGUCGAGUCACGUGAGAGUCACGUGCUUAGAUGUAUUAUGUAAUCGAUGGAUAUCUCUCCAUGCAGGCUUCAGCAAC